GUGGCAGCACAUCCGGAAGGUGGGGUCUUCGUUGUAGCGGUUUGUUACCGUUUGGAAGUCGGCAUACAUUGAACUCGUUGUCUUCUACCAUAUGCACUCUCCUGGAUAGUAUCAAGCAAAAACAACAAUUCAAUUCCUCUUCUGGUCCUGCAAAGAGGAAGUGGAGGGAGAGCAGAGGCAGGAACUUGGGACAGGUGGCGCCAGGUGUGUUUUCGGGGCAGUAACCAGGAAGAGCGUGUGCGUGCGUGUGUGUGCGUGUGGUUGUGUGUGUGCGUGUGUGUGUAUGUGUGCGCGCGCACGAGAGAGGGAAACCGAGGGAUUCAGCGAUGGCUAACAGCAAGAGCAAGAACCAGAGCUCUCUGGCCCUGCACAAGGUCAUCAUGGUGGGCAGCGGAGGAGUGGGCAAAUCGGCCCUCACGCUGCAGUUCAUGUACGACGAGUUCGUGGAGGACUACGAGCCCACCAAGGCGGACAGCUACAGGAAGAAGGUGGUGCUGGAUGGGGAGGAGGUCCAGAUCGACAUCCUGGACACGGCUGGCCAGGAGGACUACGCCGCCAUCAGGGACAACUACUUCCGCAGCGGCGAGGGCUUCCUGCUCGUGUUCUCCAUCACGGAGCAAGAGUCCUUCAGCGCCACCGUGGAGUUCAGGGAGCAGAUCUUGCGGGUGAAGGCAGAGGAGGACAAGAUCCCCUUGCUGCUGGUGGGGAACAAGUCGGACCUGGAGGAGCGGCGGCAGGUGUCCGUGGACGAGGCCCGCGGCAAGGCAGAGGAGUGGGGCGUCCAGUACGUGGAGACCUCUGCCAAGACGAGGGCUAACGUCGACAAGGUGUUCUUUGACCUCAUGCGGGAGGUGCGAGGCAAAAAGAUGUCGGAAAACAAGGACAAAAACGGCAAAGGAAAGAAUAAGAAGAACAAGAAGAGCUUCAAGGAAAGAUGCUGUUUACUGUGAACUUGUUUUCUGUGCAAACCGUAAAACACACACACACACACACACACACACACACACACACACACACACACACACACACACACACACACACACACACACACACACACACACACACACACUGACACACACACACACACACUGUGUAUGUCUUGGGAAGGAGUUCAAACAUUGAAGGCACCCCUUCACCCGGACCUCUCCCGUGUUGCUCAUGUUGAAUCAAAUAUGUCUGUAUGUUUGUUGAGUUUUUUAACAGCUGCUCGUGAUAAUGUCUAUCGAACAAUCUUAAACCACUUUUUUAAACCAUGCAAAAGGAAGGUAACCACUAAUUUGAGACUGUGACUUGUGAUGGCUUGGAAGAGGCCAAAUGACCAAUUGUCUGCUGAUUUUCUCCAGAUUGACUUUAGACCUUUCUUACGCCAACUCGAAUAUACUGCCAACGAUCCCUAGUUUCAUUUAUUGCUGUGCACUUUUCCUUCCCACUUUUUUAACAUCCAGUAAGCUUAGAUUCACAAUCAACUACUUUCCUGGGAUCUUUUAAGCCUAAUUCUGUACCUGUGUACCUGCUGUUUCAAUGAAAUUCAUACAUUUUACUUUCCAAAUAUAAUGGUACACUUUUAAUAUUCAGAUGUUCUAUUGACUCAUUAAACUUUUCUAGGUUUUUCUUGUAAAUACAAAACACAAUUUCGACCCAGGUAAACAUCUUCUGCUUUUGGUCUUGAAUUUGUUGAGAAAAAGUCCAAGACCAAGGUCUAAUGGCAGAGUGGUGAAAUUGAAUGGAACUCUCUUCCCUCCCACAUUGCAGUUUGCAAUAACAGUGAGGGGAAAUAGUCAUUGUGUGUACUAAACCUUGCAUGGUGAAGGAAAUGCAAUCCGGAGGGCGAUCUAACCCCUGUUUCAAAGGGCGGACAUAAUUAGCCACGAUGGUUCUAUUGUUUAUCCUCCACAUAUAACCUUAAGUCUCUGUCUAAACUGCACUACAUAGGCCUUCAUUGCCAAUGCCGAAAUAAUAAAUAGCUCAAUGAAUUCAUGCUUGAGAUGUAACUUGAAUGUGCCAUCAGAAUCUUACGUCGAUAUGUCCAAAUCCUUGGUUCUCGUAUUGGAUCUUGUGUUUUUAACUCAAUGUAUGUCAUUUACUUUGUGCGUGAGUGAAUGUGAGAUGGAAACAUGGACAUUUAUCUAGUGCUACAGUGAAGUGUUUUACACUUGCCUAAAUCAAGUGUUCUCCAUUACCCACGGUCUAUCAUUUUAUUGUUUGCUCUUUCUACUGAAACAGCAAGAGUAUGAUAAUCCAUUUGAAAAGACAACCUUUAAAUAUGUUGCCAAAUAAAAAAAGAUCCCUUUGUA